AAACGAUCGCAUUGAGCGAUUUAAAUCAAGAGACACCAGACAGUUGGAGUUGGAUCGUCGGGUCGAUUGCAUCUCAUCUUUUUGCCUCUCUUUGAGAAAAUCUCAGCGAAACUUGCGAUCUUGUGAUCUUCAAUGAUUUUUCCAGUUAUUGCUUAAAAUUGCAAAUUUACCAUCUGUGUGUGAUUGAGUUCGCAAAUGUGCGCAUUUUUUCUCUUUUAAUUUUUUGCGUCAUUAGUUGUAUAUUUUUUUGUCUAGAACAGUUAAAUACAUUUGGAAAAGAUUUAGUGAUUUUCAUUUUAUUUCUUUUCCAAAAAAAAGUUUGUGAAACCGAAUUUGUCUUUUUUUUCUUGAGGACACAGUUCGCGGGAACAGAAAGAAGAAGUCUAAAUUGACAAAUUCAGUAAAAUUUACAGAGACAAUGUGCUGAAAGUACUAAAAUGAAGAAAAUCAUCGAUAAUGGUUAGUGCCAAAAGCAUAAAAAUAACAAGUGCAGUGGACAAUUAGUGCAAUAAUUGAAUAUAAAAUCUCAAAUGGUAUUGAAACCAACAUCUUGCGUGAAUUAAUGCGUGUGAAAGAGUCACAGGCUAAAUACAAAAAGGAAGUGCAAGCAAUAAAACAUCUUGAUAAAUAACUGUAAAAUGCCACAAUUUUGGAUUUACGGAAUAAUUUUCAUAUUCACUGUGGGAACAUCUCUUGAAUUGGAAUAUGAACAUGAAGGCAUCUACUCAAAUGGAAUUGCUAAUGGAAAAUUAGUAAUUCCCAGAAAAGUUGAUCAACACGGCAAUCACGUUUCGCAUUUAUUGGAUCACUACCACGAUGAAGCCAGUGAAUCAACUUUGCACUAUCAUUUGGAAAUUGAUAAUGAAACGCUGCAUUUAGAAUUAGAACCAUCCCAUGAAUCCUUCAUAGCGCCCCUAAUGGUUGUGGAGCGUCACAAAAGAGACACAAAAAUCCGGAAAAAGUACAAACACAGCAAUACAAGUUCUUGCUUCUAUCAGGGACAGAUAAGAGGACACCAUCGAUCAAAAGUAGCCCUUUCGUCAUGCAACGGAAUCACAGGUUUUGUUGCUACGAAAGACAAGGGAUUUUACUGGGUGGAGCCAUCUAAGCGUCACAAACCCCACCACCGUUUAGGUCAUCCUCACGUUGUAUUUAAGACGCAGGAUGUUGAUCCACACAGUGCGUCCGUUCCGCCCAAACGACGCCGAAAGCACAGACGUCGGCGGACUAGUACGUGCGGCACGAAGGAACCAAAACGAAAAUCAGAAACGCGAAUUGAGUGGCAACCCCAGGGAAAAGUAUUUGUCCAGGGAGGACGUCGAACACGGGCUCGUAAUUUGCGUCGGACAAAACGUUCUGUGAGUACGCCCCAUCAUGUGGAGGCUCUGGUGGUGGCGGAUUCUACAAUGAUGGCCUUCCAUGAGCACGGAGAUGUGCAAAUAUACUUGCUGACUAUUAUGAAUAUGGUGUCAUCUCUGUACAAAGAUCACACCAUUGGUAAUUUAGUGCACAUUGUUGUAGUUAAGAUCCUCAUGUUGGACGACGAAGAUGUUGCCGAAGACCUAAAUGUAUCACACGCGGCAGAAGCUACUUUAUCUAACUUCUGUCGUUGGCAACGCAAACUCAAUCCUAAGGAUGAUAACGAUCCUCAUCAUCAUGAUGUGGCUAUUCUUGUAACAAGGAAGGACAUUUGCUCUCACAGCGGUUGCAUGACAUUGGGAGUUGCAAAUGUCGGCGGAAUGUGCAGAAUGGACAAAUCUUGUAGUGUCAAUGAAGACAAUGGAAUCACAUUAGCACACACAAUCACCCAUGAAUUGGGUCACAAUUUUGGCAUGUAUCAUGAUACCGAAAAGACUGGAUGUGGCCACCGCAUUGGGUCCAUUCUACAUGUUAUGACACCCAGUUUUGAGGCGGACACAACACACGUGUCAUGGUCAAAUUGCAGUCGUCGCGAUAUUACACAUUUUCUGGAUCAAGGACUAGGAAGAUGUCUUGAUGAUACACCAACUACAGAGGAAUUAGAGGAACAGUAUGUGUAUCCUGACCUUCCUCCUGGAGCAAUGUACAAUGCAGAUUUGCAAUGUCGUCUUCAAUUUAAUACAACUGAUGAGACUGUACGCGUUUGCUCACAAAUGGACGAGAUUUGCUCGCAAUUGUGGUGUCAAGUGGACAAUUCCUGCAUCACACAGCUCAGAGCUGCUGCUCCUGGAACAGCUUGUGGAAAGCACAAAUGGUGUCAGGAGCAAAAAUGUGUCCUGAUGGAAGAUCUCCCACGUCCAGUGGACGGUGGUUGGGGUAAUUGGAGCGAUUGGACUGAAUGCUCAAGAACAUGUGGAGCUGGAGUAUCAAUACAGAUGAGAGAAUGUAAUAAUCCUCAUCCCUCAAAUGGUGGAACAUUUUGCAUUGGCGAAAGAACGCGAUACAAAACCUGCAAUCUGGAAAUCUGUCCAGAUUCAGAACCAAGUUUUCGUGCAAUCCAAUGUUCGAAAUUUAACAAUGAAACUUUCAGGGGGAAAAAUUACACUUGGCUGCCAUUCUUCGAUACUCAGGAGCCCUGCAAAUUGUAUUGCACUGACACUGAUGACACUGUGAUAGUACCAUGGGGAGCAUCGGCUGCAGAUGGUACUCCAUGCAAUUUAGGUACAAACGAUAUGUGCAUCUCUGGGAUAUGCAGGAAAGUUGGAUGUGACUGGGUCGUGGAUUCUGAAACUAUUGAAGACCAAUGCGGUGUUUGUGGCGGAAACGGUGAAACAUGCACCGUUAUCAAGGGAGAUUUUAACAAGAGACUUAACAUCUCAGAAGGAUAUUAUCAAAUAACAACAAUUCCUGCUUGGUCACGCAAUAUUCAUGUUGAAGAAGUUGGUCCUUCUAAAAACUUUUUGAGCAUCGGAAAAGCAGGAACUGAUGAAUUUUAUCUCAACGGCGACAGGUUGAUCUACUUCUCAGGAGAAUAUGAUAUUGCUGGAGCUAAAGGACUGUAUGAUAGAAAUGUGGAAAAGGACAAAGAAGUUCUUACAAUACCCGGACCUAUCAAGGAAGACAUAAAUCUCUAUGUGCUAAUGAAGGGAAAGCACAAAAACGUUGGCCUCAAAUACGAAUAUACGCUUCCGUCUAAUGCUACAGCUCCACCAAUUUUCAAAUGGAAAUUGGGCGAUUGGACAGCAUGUUCCGCAACUUGCGGUGGAGGAGUUCAUUUUAGGUUCCCAAUAUGCUAUCAGGAAAACAAAGGUAUUGUAGAUGAAGAACUCUGUUGGUCAAAUGCCGAUGAUCCGCGCCCAAAUCAAAUCAAGGAAGUGUGCAAUGAGGACAAGUGUCCUGCCCACUGGUGGGUAGGCCCUUGGCAACUUUGCCCUGUGACCUGUGUCAAACGCGGCGAUCCCAACCCAGUUAAACGUCGUUCGAUAAUGUGUGUGAAUGAGUACGAAAUGGCCCUACCGGAUACCAGUUGCAACGAAAGUGAACGUCCUGCUGACACAAUGCCCUGCAGUCAGGUGAUACCGACAUGCAGUGAGUCAGCGGAGGAAAUGGAGAUUGACAAAGUACCUCCUGAGGACACCAGCAACAAUGCUAUUUAAGAUCAUAGGCACUAUCCUCAGCUCUCAAGUAUAAUUCUGUGUUAUAUAUUGACAUUCUCCGUGAUCGCUGCUUAAAGUAAAAUAUCUGCGCUUAUAAGAAUUUCACUUCAUUACCUGAACUCCUAUUACGCUUUGUUUUUGUGUAGACCCUGUGACUGGAUAUUGGAUAGAGAUAAUGUAGUUGGCAAAUCUCGAGUCUGAGAAAAGGCCAGUUUAAUCCAAUUUCGAUAAGUCAGUGACAUUAUCUUUGGCUUUUUUUUGCUCCAUAUUUCUGUCAAUAAUUGCGAAAUGUUUAAAAGGGGAGUAUUUUUUUUUAUUGGAUAAAACAUUUUGCCAAUUACUAUCAGAAGCUGGGCUAUCGGUGGAUAUUAAAAGAGAUUGAUCAAUGUCAUAAAGUGAAGUAAUAAAAUUUAUAUUAUAGAUUCAACACUUAAUACAUAAUAAAAUUAUAAAUUUUUCUCAAUCACUAAAAUUACACAAUUUUAUCUCUUUUUUUUAGUUUUCUAACUCCUAAUGUCUAAUUACAUUGCUAUUGAUGUCUCUUAUUGUUAAUUUAUAAGAGUGCUAUAUGGAUAAAUGUAGAUUUUUCUUUUUUCACACAAAUACUUUUAGUAACUUUACAUUUACUGCAUUUAAAAGUGAGGGAGACAAAUAGGUGAAAAAAAAAUUAAAAAAAAGAAACAGGAUGAGAAGCACAAUGCAUUUUAUUAUCUUAAUUUUAAAUGAGAAAAUUAAUCAUGAUCGUGUUGCAAUAUUGUUUUCACGUCUUUAUUAUCUCUAGAUUAGCAAAAAGAAAAUUGAAUUUUCAUGCAUAUACAAGGUGUCACUAUUAAUAUUUCAAUUAUCUUGAUCUAUUGCGUAAAAAAAUCACAUGAGUUAAUCUUCUGUUAUUUUUUUUUCUUUCUGUCUCUUGUAAUAUUAAAAUUCCUACAUAAUACAAACGUCCUACAUUAAUGAAAAUCCUCACCUUAUCGUCAAGUAGUAUUAUUAAAAUGUUAUCAAUUUGUUGACAAUUGAAACGACACUAAAAAGUUAGUAUAGAUAAAUCUUAUGCUAAUCAAUGAAUUUAAAUAAAUUAUUAUGACACAAUUUAAAUCUCCAUGAGAUCCACACGACAAAACAAAAAUUAUAUACGAAAAACUUUUUGUAUAAAAUUAGUUUUUUUUUUUUUUAGAAAAGAUAGAUAUCUCUAUUAUACUUUUUUUGUGUAAUUGUACUUAAAAUAAAAAUUCUUUCAUAAUAAAAGAAAA